AUGCUAUUAGCAUUUAUUAUGCAAUUAACACUACUGACCACUACUAUUAAUGCCCAUACAGAUGUCGUCUCCUCCUAUGAUAUCUAUAAACUAUUGUCGACUCAUGGCUUUCAAUCAAUUGGCGACAAAUUUAGGCCACAAUUACAAGGUUUAUCGGAAACGUUGAACAAGUUUUUCAAUGAAGCGGCCACCGAUCAGGCCGGGGACGUACCGUUUAUGGUCGACCAGGAUUUCGGUCAAUUGGCUACCGAUUUGGCCCGUGCUAUGAACAGCUACGGCCAAACACUGAUCAACAAACCGGUAGUCAAAAAAGUCAGUCAAGCGGCUACACUGUUGAAUCAGUUGGCCAUUGAUAUACAUACGAAAUUCGGACCGUUAGUCAAGGGCCAGACCCGACCCCGACAAUCACUGUAUAGUCAGACAAUUAGUUCGGCACUGGUAGGCCUAUCCGGUAUGAUUGGACCGAUGCUAAAUCCGGAGGAUAGGGCUACAAAAUUUUUACCCGUAAUUGUCGACUUUUUCGGCCAAAUUGGCCGCUCCGUUGAUGAUGUAUUGAAAAAACAAUUGCCUAAUUUGAAGGCACCGGCAGUAGCCGAUACGGUCAAACAGUUUGACCAGAAAUGGGUGGAUACUAUGAAACAAAUUGAUGGUAUAUUUAAAAGUUAG